AUGACGGUUCCUCAGCCUUCAAAUGGCACGGCGACAAAGUCGACGGAAAUCAAGGUCGUAGUUGUCGGGGCUGGGUUUGGUGGAUUGACAGCUGCAAUUGAAUGCCACCGCCAGGGGCACACUGUGGAAAUAUACGAAUCAUUUCCAGAGCUCAAAGCCCUAGGCGACAUAAUCUCCUUCGGGCCAAACGCAGGUCGCAUCUAUCGUCGCUGGUCAAAUGGAGCCGUUGCAGAUCGCUUGAAGCCGCUCAGCAUCAAUUUAGCAAACCACGGGUUCAAGAUCCAUAAGUGGACUGGAGAGCUUGUACACACGCAACUCACGCCGCCAUCUGACCCGGACGCACCGGUUUUCAAUGGCCACCGAGGCGAGUUACACACAAUAGUCUUCAAUUAUGCUAAAGAUGAACUGGGCAUUCCAAUUCACCUUGGGCAGAGGGUCACAAAAUAUUUCGAGGAUGAGAACCAAGCGGUGAUAACGCUCGAGAACGGGGAGAAAGUCACAGCAGACGUUGUUAUUGGGGCCGAUGGGGUUCGCUCAAAGGCGCGCGAGCUUGUUUUGGGUUACUUUGAUAAGCCAAAGUCGAGUGGCUAUGCUGUUUUCCGAGCAUGGUUCCCGAACACAGACAUGAUUGGGGAUCCGCGGACAAAGCACUUCUGCGAGAAUGGUGAUACUUUCAAUGGCUGGAUAGGGCCUGAUGUGCACUUCCUCUUUUCUACCAUUAAGAAUGGUCAGGACUGUUGUUGGGUUUUGACUCACAAGGAUGAAGCCGAUAUCAAAGAAUCUUGGUCCUUACCCGGUAAACUCGAAGACGUAUACAAGGUUAUCGAGGGCUGGGAUCCAAUCUGCAAAGCUAUUGUGGAGAAAACACCCGAGUUGGUUGACUGGAAGCUCGUGUAUAGAGACCCACUGCCUCGAUGGGUAAGCGAUCACGGACGCAUAGCACUCCUUGGGGAUUCAGCACAUCCUUUCCUCCCUACGUCAGCCCAGGGUGCAACGCAGGCAAUGGAAGACGGAGUCGUACUAGCUGUUUGUCUAAAGCGAGGUGGGAAGGCAAACAUCCCUAAUGCAGUACGCACAUAUCAAAAUAUCCGGUAUGAACGUGUGAGGGCUGUUCAGAAGACUGGUGAGACUACCCGUGACAUGUGGCAUAAGGCAGAUUGGGAUAAAGUCGCAAAGAAUCCGGCAUCAAUCCAGCUUCCUCGAGAGGACUGGGUAUUCAAAUUUGAUGCCGAGAAGAAUGCCGAAGAAACAUUCGAUGAGGUGAUCAAGCAAUUGGAGUGA